CCAAUAGCGAUGCAGCGCUGCGAACGUUACAGCAGCCGGAGAUCACUGCAGUGCAGUAGCCAACCAGCAACCAGCUAGCCAACUUGUCUACUCACAGAGAAAUAUGGAUGAAAUUAUGAUACAAGUCAACGGCUGUCAGACUGACCCCCUCUGCAUGGGCCCAUAAACAUGUCCACAGAUGACAGUAUCUCUGAGGAUGUGUCCAGCUCGGGGGCUUUGAGCCAUUGCCAUGUCAGUGCUGACGGGGAUGUGGGUAAGGAGAGUGAGACCUCUUUGGUGUCCUCUGAGGGGACAUCAGCGUCGGGGCUGGCUGUCUCAGAGGGCAGACACACAACCUCCCAAACAACAGGAGGCACUGUGGAGUGCAGGCCCAUGGACAUCACACCAGCAUGCAACAAGAUCAGGAGUCUGUGUCUGAGCACAGAUGAAGCAUUCGAACAAGGGAAGAGCCUCCCAUUCAUCAACCCAAGUUCCCUUGAGACCCUUAGGGCUUUGGUGCAGGAGAUCCAGAGCAGUGGAGAGACAGACCCUGAGAUCUGGAAGGAUUGUGAGGGCCGAUGGUUGCAUCUGUUUCAGCUGGUUGAGAAGCAAUACCAAGAGCAAAUACUCGCUCAGCAAGAACAAUACCAGUGCCAAAUACAGUUGAUUCAGGAUGAAAUUAAGGCCCUGGUUCAGCUCCAGAACCGCCAGGCCAGCGUCCAUCCACACACAGAGUUCUCUCCAACUCCGGUGACCCAAACUACCACAAACACGAAGCACUAUAUUUUCCCCCUCCUCUCCAGUGACUGCACAGUCCCCAAAAAUGUGGCCAGUGACAAUGACAGCCUGGCAGCCCCUGUCCAUACCCCCUUUAGCUCCCCUUCACCUCCGCUCCAGAGAUCAGAGACCACCAACCAGGCGGAGGAACGGGCGACCACAGUGCUCAGCAGUGGGUACGGGACUCUGUCUGCUUGGGAAACAGGUCUGGAACCUGCUGGGUCUCCAGGAGAAGAUGAGGAUGGUAGUCAAGGCAGGGAGAAGCAUCACUGGCCCUCUAACUUCCAGGAAGACACAGAGACAACUGUGAUUGGGUGCCAGCAGGAUUUUUCCAAUAAGAGGACUCUCGGAGUGGAGGAACCUUACCCAUUAGUCUACCAGCAGAAAACCUCUGGCACCAGCCAGCUUUUGACCUCCUGGGCUCAGAGGCAGAAACUCAGGCCCAAGAAGAGCAAAGCAGGACAAGCUUCAUCCCAAAUCCCUGAGUACCAGGAGCAGCCACGGAGCCUCAGAGAAUCCCACAAACAAAACCCCCUGGAGAGCUCAGACUCCCAGGACCAGCAUCGACCGGCUGGGCCGUCGUCCAGCUCUUUUCCCCUGAGGAGGAGUGACAGCCUGAUGUCUGAGGCAUCAGGCCUCACUUACUGGCGUCUGAACGAGAGUGAACUGUAUCACCCCCUACCGGACAGCUAUGACAGUGGCGCUUACCUCCUUCUGCAAGAGGCAUCCAUGAGUCUUACUCCAUCUCAGGAGCCUCGGCUGUCUCUCAGAGAGAUCUAUCAGAACAAGCAAAGAACAGACUGUAAACGUUCAGACUGGGAAGGCUCUGUUACGUCCAGUCCUUCGUCACCACAGGUGUUGACCGUGGACCCAGCAGCUAACCAGCGGCAGUCAGAUCGUACCUCUGGCUUCACUUCGCCCUCUCACUUCAGCAGCCCUUCAUUCGCCACUCAGCCCCACCUGUACCCCAGAGUAGGGACCCCUUUAACCCCUGACAGCAUGGUAGAGUGCAGUCCCAACCCUGGAGAUACAGACUGCAUCUCUGAUACAUCCAGUGUUUCAGCUGCCGGACCUUCCCCGUCUAAGGUACAAAGCUUGUGGGGAAACGCAUCCCAGGCAGUCCUGUUUACCUCCCAGGAUAAGACCCAGCCCUGCUCCCACACAGCCAGCCAGCAACGCAGAGCCAGUGCCCCCUUAGCCAGUGAGGAGGAGGGCAGUCACACCCACACCAGCACCCUGAAGCCUUGUUCAGCCUCUGGUUCUACUCUGCGGCCUGCAGUCAGUCCACACGUGGAGAGAGCUUCAUCACUGGAGGAUCCUGUUGUCCUUUCCCUACUAAGGCAGAACCUGAGAGAGAAGCACUCUCGACAUGUUGCUGAUCUGAAAGCAUUUUAUGAGUCUGAGAUCCAAAUCCUGCGAGACAAACUGAAGCUCCGAGAUCUGCCCCAGGAUUUAGAGAAGAGCAACCAGGCCCUCACAAAGAGGUGCAAGCACCUAGAGAAAGCUCUUGCUGAGGCCACCAGUCGUAUUCAAGAACUAGAGGCAACAAACAGCUCGCUGGAGAAAAAACUGGCAGAAUGGCCGGAGCGGUAUGCUGUCGCGGGUGCUACUGUGAAAUCCUUGCAGCAGCGACUAGAAGAAAGCAAACGCUCGGGCAAAGAGAAGGACGCCUUGGCAGCACGUUUGAAGACCCACGUACGGCAGCUGGAGGAGUCGGUGCAGAAAGUCUGCAGGGAGUCAGACGAGAAGGAGGCCAGGAGGGAGAGAGAGUACAAGAUGCUGCAGGAUCUGCUCGGAGAAUAUGACUCUCUGGUGAAGGAGCACGAGGGAAUGAAGAACAACCUGGUGUCAACAGAGGACAAGCUUAUCGAUGCCAAUGAUCAGAUAUCAGACCUGAGGAGAGUAAUCUCCAAACUGGAGUCUCAGGUGAAGCAGCUGGAGCAUGAGAACCAGGCCAGGGCACGUUAUACUUCCCACAGUAACACACAACCUUCUGGGGCUGGUCUUUUCCACCAUCCUGACCUGCUACUGUCACCCAGUAAAUGCAAGGCAGAGCCAGAUGUCACCCGCAGGAAGUCACCUUGUCCUCUAUCUGACCAGCUAAACACCGGCAGAAAAUCGCCAUUCCAUCAAACUAACCAAUCAAGUAUCCACAAGAAGUCACAGUAUACAUUAAAUGAUCAAUCAUCAGGAACUGGAAGCUCUGUGGACACCUCUUCAGCUGGUGGGAGCUGGAGGUGUGCGUCUCCCCCAGAGUGUGAACAAUCUCUGCCUCAGCCCAGACACCAGGAGCAGAGCGUUGGCCAGCGGGAGGCCGGUCGUAGAGACGGAUCCUGCGCCCUGACGCCCAUGAUGAGGGCCCUGAUAGAGCUGGAGGAGACCAGAGCGACGGAGAGUCGGGCCCCCUGUAAGAACAGCUCCACCACCCACAGGGUCGGCAAUCAGAGGACCACAGUUGGGUUUGUGGAGCGGAAACACAAAGAGGUGAUUCAGGAGCGAGUCGGGCUUCAGUCAGACAGGGAGGCGGUUAAACCUGGAGGAGUCGCGGCCAGAGCUGAGCGUGGAGGAGCGAAAAGUCACAGCGGAGCAGAAAGAGCUGCAGCUCUGCUGAGAGCUCAGAGGAGUCGGUCUCCAGAGGGCCACAGAUCCUCCUCGCUGCCUCCUUCAGCACAUCGAAACAUACCCACAACUACACCCACAAAGAGAGAAACGUUACUCAUGCCCCUGUCUGCGAAGUCCAGUCCUAAACGCUGCCCCACUGAGAACUACUCCACUGCUUUUGGUCGCCCGAUGCCAAGAGAGGAACACCUGCUCAAAAGGUUUGAUGAACAAGUUGACCAGAGACGUCAUUCAUUCCACAGCAGCAGUCCAAGGAAGAGACUCCAGUUUUCAUCAGCAGAAGAUGACCUCCAGCAGCCAGAGUCCUCCGGCAGCAUGAACCCACCUGAGGGAAACUCCCAGCUGGGCUGGGAGGAGCAGGGAGCCUGUAGUGGAUCUGACCUGCAGGACUCCUGCGAGGACCCAGCCCCGCUUCUCCUGGACAGACUCCACUCGCUGGCUGAGGCCGAGAAACUGUUUGACGAGCUGACGCAGGAGAAACUGCAGAUUGAGGCAGCUUUGAGCCGGAUGCCCGGAGCAGGCGGUAGAGUGAGUCUACAGACCAGGUUGGAUGAGGUGGCCUUAGAGAAUCGCCUGGAGAGAGUGAACCGGGAGCUGGGAUCCAUCCGCAUGACUCUGAAGAGAUUCCACGUCCUCCGCUCCUCCGCCAACAUAUAGCAAUGUCUGUCUUUUUACAUCACAGUGUAGAUGCUACAACUUAGUGUCUUGGUUUUAUACACGGCACUGAUUGUCUUUCAGUGUUUUUCUGUGCCAUGAGUCCAUCUGUACAGCAACUCCACGGCAUCUUUUUAUACGUAUUACUUAUAACUCGGGGAUAUUUUUUUAUAUGUCUGAAAGAUAUUGCAAUUUUUGGAGUAUAUUUUUAGUAAUACACAGAUUUGUAAAGUCGUUUACUUUUUUAGCCACAGAAAUAUUAAUAUGAUAUGUUUUACCCGCCAUAUUCUGGUGUGGAUUUUUAAAUCAGCCAUGUUUCAGUGUAAAUGUGAAUGAUCAAAAAGACUUUCCAGCAGAGAAAUUCAUCCACUUGGGAAAUAUCACUGCCAUUUUUGUUCAUGUGUUUAUGGACAUUUUUAAUAUUUUUCCAUUUGACAUGACUUAAAAUGUUAUUAUUUAAUGUUUUUGUACGUUUUACAUGUUUUUUUCUUUUAUAAGUAAGUUUCUAAUAUUUGUUUGGGGCCAAAUUGUCGAACUUGAAGGAAAUAUUUGUUUACUUGAAUCAAAUCGCCUUUUUUUUUUUUUUUUCGGUUACUUUCCAUUACUACUUGUCACUUUUGCUUUAUGUUUCAAAUUUGCUAAAGGACUGGACCCUCCGGAUUUGAACCACUUGUAAAAUCCAAACCAGCACACUUUUUCAGUAGACGCACACACACACACACACACACAUUUUCACACUGUCAAAUCCUCAGUCGGUUGUUUCUCCUUCAGCGAUGCUUGUGCAUGGAAUUUCUUGCACUGCUUCCUUUUGCCAUGCAGUUUUCCUACCUGACAUGAACUUCACUGGAACCAUAAUAUUGUUGUUGCACAAUAAAUGAAGCUUUUUUUUUAUAA